AUGUUAGAAUACAAGCUAUCCAAGAAUGUAGGAACAAAGAACGUAACAAAGAAUAAGAAUCAAUAUGUGUUUGGUUAUCCAUGUCAAGAUAAUCAAUAUGAUUGUAGUCCCUAUACAGUGUAUCUUAAACCAGGUUCAUAUCUUUUCGAAACAUGGGGCUCAAGAGGUGAUUUUCAAAAUUGGUCUGAAAACCCAUCGAUCCCUGGAUUUGGCGGAUAUACUUCAGGAGUGUUAACUAUAGAAAAUCCACUUAUUGUUUACCUAUAUAUAGGUUCGAUUUCUUUUUUCAAUUCGAUCUUGGAGUAUACAGGAAAACUGUACCUAUUUGGCGGCGGAUCAUCCGAUGUCCGUCUGUAUGCAAAUGAAUCGUUUGAUUGGUUCAAUCCUCUCUCACUUCGCUCAAGAAUAAUGGUUUCAGGUGGCGGAGGAAGUGCAGAAUGGCAAGGGUCAGCAGGAGGUCAUGCCGGUGGACUUAUUGGUGGCACAUGA